AUGUACUUCAACAUGAAACCCUCUGCUCUUCUCGCUAUUACCGUCGCUCUCGCCCCCGUAGCAAGCGCAGUGCGCUAUGCUGGGUUCGCCUCCACCACCAGCUGCAGCGGAGACAACUUCUUCUGCGAAGACAACGGCGGCGUAUGCUGCUCCCUCCCCACUGGCUUCGGCUUCUCCGUCGAGUUCGACAACCUUCCUGCGGGCACACAAGGCCAGGGAUACACUGGAAGCACCUGCGGGGACUUCCUGUUCUCUGUCUUUGGCCCUGGAACCAAGUGCUGGAACGGCGGAGGGGCUCGUGCUUCGCACAUGAACUUCUUCCACUCGCCCCAAGGCCGUCGCAGUGUCCUCCCUGUCCGCGAAGGCAAUUCCACCUGCGCACCGUCUGGCUUUGUAUACCAUGAUGAAAAGGGGGCGAAAAAGACGAUCAAGGUGCCCGUCGGGGAAGCAGAAUUAGUGGCGGCAUUGCACGCCAGCAAAGACUUCGCUGAGCUGGCUACCUACGAAGCCUACUAA